AUGAAUUAAUGUGAAGAUAUAAUUGUGAAAUGUCCUAAUCCAGAACAUACUAAGAAUGUUAAAUAAGUAUGUUUUGAUGAGUCUUGUAAAGAAUAGAGAUUAUAUUGUCAUGAAUGUAUUAAAAUUGGAAUGCAUGUUACUCACCUUAAACAUUAAGAAGAGUUGCCAUUCCUAUUUGAACAUAUUUCAAGAAUUGAAAAAGAAUCUGAUAAUUUAAUAAAUAGAAUCAAUAAAUAAAUGGAUUUGAUUUACAAUGACUUCUUUUUAUUAAUUGGAGGAAUUAGAUCUAAAUAUCAGAUAUCUAAAUAAUAAUUACUCAAUUUAAAUUUUCAAUAAAUUAAUUCUUUCUUAUCAUAAAGUAUUCAUUUCAAAUAAUUUGAAUUAACUAUUGAAAAAUUGUUAUAGGAAUUGAUAAAGGAAUUUUAAGAUUAAAUAAAAAAAUUAUAGAAAGAUUUAAAUUUAUUUGCAUUAGAUUAUGAUCAAAUAUCUAAAUCAAAUAUUGAAAAAUCAGAAGAAUUGUAUGAAAUAGGUAAUUUACUUAAUGAUUUAGGAUAUAAAUUAUAUUGGAAUGAUGAACAAAUAAUUUGCUAAUUAUUUGAUGAUGUCCUCUUAUGA